UUUAUAGAACCAGAGGACGAGCAUGGGGGUAUUGAUGCUUCUAAUAAACAAUAUCAACAUGAAGGUAAGUGAAAGAGGGCGUCAAGGGAGACACAAACUCAAGACGCAAAUAAACAGACUCCUAAAAAAUUGGUGUAAUUGUGUUAAUGAGUCAACAUGCAUUCAUUUCGUUUAUUCAAAGUUUAUUCCUUCCCCGAAGACUGUUCAUCACACGAGGAACGAGGGCUACAUUGAGAGGGUGGUGAAAUUCAAACUUACUUCUUUUUUCGGUGGUUGUUUAAAUUGAAAAAUGUCCAUACUUGUGAAUCAUUCUUGUGUGUAUCUGAUUGUUUUACAGUGAUAGAGAAGGAUCUGGAUGAUGUUCUGCGUAAGGGUGAUUUCGAUGCGAUUGAUCAAACAGUGACUCCAAAAACCCUGGCAAGGUGUAAAACUAAUACCUUAUUCAAAUCUUUCCAGGUUGGUCUUGUAACUUUAUCUCUACCUAUUUUACCGCCAUAAUUUACUCAGGGCUGUUUAGCCAGACCAAGUGACAAAAGUGAUCCUAAUCACAUAGAUUUUGUUUCACUUCUCCAUAUGAUUAGUUCGUCAUGCGCAUACCGCUCUCUCUACUAAUUAGCGUCAAAACUACAACCAAUUGUUACUUGUUCACUGACUGAGAGUGUACUUGUAACCUUGAAGUAUCACUGACCUGCAAUUAUAUCUUGUUUUCUUUCUUAUUGGUCAUCGAGGUUUCAGUGUACUAGUUUUCAAAGGACAAUUGAAAAACCCUCCUGCCAUCUUCAACAACUGGAGGCUAAUAAGAAAUCAGAAACAACAUCAUUGAUUAAGAAAGAUGUUUUUUCGUCUUGUCAUGAGCGUGGGACAAAAAAAAAUUCUGAGUCCCCAUGAGGAAUCGAACCUCAGACCUUCGGACUUGCGCCCCGAUGCUCUACCACUGAGCCACAAGUACUCUUCGGUGAGCGGGGUCUAUUACGAAGUUCUAAUGACACGCGUCCUGCAUACUGCUAGGAUCAGCAAUGUCGAUAGCGUAAUGUUUUUGACAGAAAAGUAGAGAUGGUAAGUUUUAAGCUCAGUGAAGAAUUAAGAAAGAUGUUUUUUCGUCUUGUCACGAGCGUGGGAGAAAGAAAAAAUUCUGAGUCACCAUGUGGAAUCGAACCUUAUUUUUUAACGAAAAAACAUCUUUCUUAAUUCUUCACCGAGCCUAAAACUUACCAUCUCUACUUUUCUGUCAACAUCAUUGAUUUUUACGAGCCAUGUCAUAAAAACGAUAACUUCAUUUCUUUUUAAACUUAGGUCAACCAAGCACUGCGAGAUUUAGCAGAUCGUGCAAACCCGGAGAAAGGCGAUAUAGAAAAGCUUGAAAAAUCUAUGUGCGAGUUCACAUCAGCCUUGAUAGAUCCCCUUAUAGCCAACGCCUAUGCCAGAUAUAUAUUUCAAAGUUGUUUUGAUGAUCUGCUGGACGAGGCAAUUGACACGAAGCAGAAGAAGGUACUACACGAGUGAUAAAAAGGUUUCCAAUCAACACUUUAUGAUAUCCUUUACCCCUAAAGUCGAUUCUAGUGGGAAUGCUCUCGCCCAUCUGAACACACGGGUGCCCUUACCCUUACGUGCUAUAUUGGGGACAUUGUUGUCUCUCUUCUUUCCUUACCAAUAACCACCAGUGAGGACGCUUUGUGUGCCACAUAAAGCCUCCUCACCGGUGGUUAUAUGGGUGUAAUAUCGGAUAUUACAAAGGGGAAAAUAUAUUUUUAAGAUUUAUGCACACAAUGUCACGGUAUACUUAGUGCUAAUUCAAUCACAGGCGGCCCAAGCUCCAGCUGUGAGAUGAUCAUCUUGCGCAAUAGCAGUUAUGGUGGAAUUAUAAGACAGGUUUCUAACAGCCUGCGUACGCAUCAACCUUGACACACAACCGUUGAAAACCAGCUUGGUAACCCUACCUCCUUUUAAAACUGAAUCUCGCUGGGGACCACACCGUAACUUAGCAUGAAGAAGUUUUCUUAGCACCACGGGUGCCAAGUUACGGUGUGGUCCUUGGCGAGGCUCAAGUUAAAAAAGGCAGGGUUACCAAGCUAGUUUUCAAUAGUCGUGUGUCAAGGUUGAUGGGAACGCGAGCUGUUAGAAACCUCUAAACUGGAAAUUUUUUUAAGCAAACUGCGGCUUAGCGUCGGUUGCACGUGGAAGAUUGAGUUUGUAGUGAAUUGAAAUGAAACUACAAUAUAUGUGCUUGGAUUCUGCAUUGGAUUUGUGGCCGCCCGGUCAUUUUGAGCCGGGAAUUUUUGCUUCUCAGAUCGGGUGUUUGGAAAUGGAGUGAUCAGUGUUCAGCCUUGAGCUUUUCCUAUGUACGUGGAAAACCUCGAAAUGGACAACUCGCUAAAAUGGGUUAUUUUUAUCAAAGAAAGCGGUCAGAUAACAUGUAAUAUACCGUGGAAGUAAGGUGAGGUAUUUUUAUUGAGAAUUUGACGUAUUUUUUAAUUCGUUAAAGCGGUCGGAAAUAUUCCCAUACAAACUCUCAUAGUUCCGCCAUGACUGUUGAUGACUCCAUGACUCUUGAUUGCGCAAGAUGAUCAUCUCACAACUGGAGCUUGGGCCGCCUGUGAUUCAAUGUACAGGACGUCAUUUUUAUGUCUUUCUACUGUAUGUACAAAGAAGCAAUUAAUCAAUUUCCAGUGAAAGAAAUUUAUAUUCUAGUGAAUCUACUGUAAAUGUGACGCCAAACUGAAUGAUUUAAUGAUACUGAACAUGCCCACCGCCGGGCGCCAUAGCUGAUCCGGCCAGAAAUCUUUCAGACCCUUGAUUUAGCAGCUCUAUUCUGUUGUAGAUCACAGUCGUGACGUCAAAAUGUGGCAAGAGCAAAAAGGUGGCACAUGAAGCGCGGCUGGGUGUGUCACUGAUAUGUCGUUAGAAUUGUUUUGAAUUAAAUGAAGCCAAACUUUGUUAACGUCCCCUAUGAGGCUCUCCUCUGAUAGGUAAUAAGCAAAAACCAGUCCAAAUUCAGCUCAUUGCGUAAAAUAAUACAUCGACGAAUUUUUUCGCAGUUCAUCUCUCACCCAGUGGUGUAUGACUCGUUCAACUCCAGAUGGUACCAAUCCUUUUUUCACGUAAGAAAAAAAUCAUGGCGGACACCUCAACGCUGGGGAUACUUUUUUCUCAACCUCUGGACAGUGUUUGACAUCGUCUUUUUUCCUUUUCUCUUUGCCAUUUUCUUCGUCGUGCAUUUGAUAAAACAGGCCUUGAGGAGGAAAAGAGGUUUGUAACAUCGUUUUGCUAGCAUUACAUGGUAAUGCGUUUUCAGCAAGCUUCAAAGUAUUCAAAAGGUUUGGGCCUGAGGGGGAGAGGGGUGAGGAGUGGAGGGUGAUGGCUUUUCUGUAUUUUAUUCCUAACUCCAUAAAACUGAGUUACCAUGUAAACUGAGUCCUCUCAACUGAAACAAUACAGGAGUCCUGGCUAAAACUAUGCGCGAGGUGCGGGUCACCUAUUUCUUCCCUGGCACGUGAAACGCGCUUCGUGCUUGCCUUGUGCUUGCAAAAAACUGCGCCAGUUCUGCAGGAUACAUCGUUCAAGGAGCGUUCACAGGCCCCGUAUUUGUUCCCACCUGAUCAUAACGGUCUUAAGAAUGGUUGGGACCGUUCUAACCAAGUUAUGAGAUUAGAUACAAGCAGCUACUGGGGAGUUGUUGCGGUGCUUUGUAUCAGUUGUUGCAUGUUUCCUUUAUUGAUCAGUGGUUUAAUCACUUAGCCUCUAAUGCUUUCCUCGAUCAUUUUUCAGAAACUGAAAUAUGUUUUGUUUUGACGCUGGGCAAAGAUACCUCAAAAGAAGAAUUUAAUCUGAUUAAAAAGACGAUAAACUACAUUAUUGGUGAAUAUGGCUGCCACUCUGCCAAAUACUGUGUUGUUUUACAUGAAGACCACAAAAUUAUCAGUAAGAUCAAAUUUGAAGAGAGCUGCACUACUACGGAUGCACUUCGAGCGAGGAUUAACCAGUUACAGCUGCCAAACUCUACCAGUUCACUCGAUGAAGAUCUUAGGGUCACCCGAGAUACAUUCACAAACCAAACACUUGGAAAGGAGGCCAAAAAGGUGAGGAAUACAUGCGCGCAACCGUUUUCCCGGCGGAGCGCUGUCAAGUUUUGUCCCUUAACUUGUUCCUAUGGGCUCAUUUUGCAGUCACGGGCUGGUUAUCAGGCCUUGGUAAGUUAUACUUACCAAUUCAUAUUCAGUAUUGAUUGAUUUUGAAGACCGCACGCUACAGUUGAUUUAUGUUUAAAACAUAAACACAAAUCACGUUUUAGUUGGUGUCACGGCUCAUGGGCCAGCCCCUUGUAUUUGCCUUCUUGCUGGAGGACUUAGGCUUUCCCCUCGUACUUCAAGCUUUUAAACUCACUGUCACGAAUAAUCAAGCGUUUAUGCUCUUCCUAUAUUAGAUAUCAGCAUGAGGAAAACAUGUCCCACUAUUUUCCCUUGGUAUCAGUAAAAAGCAUGAACCAUUUCACGAUUGCUAUCGGCUCGUAAUCUUCCCGUCUUUCAGAAGAACUACUGCGUAAAACUCCUCGGGAAUUUUGUUGAAGACCUCCGGUACGUCCGUUUUAAAUACAGUUGUUUUUUAAGUCCCAAAACUUCCAAGCUUUUAGCCAGUCGUUUGUGCUUUUUUGGGUAUUUUUGUUCUUCAAUUCUCCUGUAAACUCUGAACUAAAACGUGGUUACUUUCCACUAACUUGUCCGCCAUUUUGUUUUGCUUUGCUUUCGCGACUCUCUUGACUCUCAAUCAAUUUAAUUUCAACUUUCUGCAAUCCAUUCUACUUUUUGCAUUCAGUUUCAACUCUCUGCACAGUUUGGGAUUAACUGACGCCUUCUCAGCCAAUGAGCAUGCUGAAAUUUUUGCAUGCAUAUUAGAGGUAACUGACGGCUAAAAUGUCACUUUUUCGGAAUACCGUCUAAAUGCCUCGAGUAACACAUUGAAACAGAUACAAGGUGCUUCGUAUACCUCUUUGCACCUUUUUUCGCCGGGAAAACUGUCCUAAAUGCAGCUUCGUGAGUCAUCCGCCGUAAACGCUUCGAUUUUGAUCAUGUGACCUUAUACGUAACACGUGUGUACAUUAACCAAAAAAAAAAAUGGCGGAUAGUACUUCGAGCGAAAGCAGUCCUAUUUCGGGGUCUUAUUAUUCGGAUUUUGAGGCCUCGAUGUAAAGUGAACAUGAUGAAAGGGUUUAUGAAUCCGUUGGUGAAAUCAGGCCCAGCCAAUUUGAACCGCUAGGACGAAUGUAACCUAAAAUAGAGGGCGGGGGUCAGAAGAGGAUCAAGAGCCCGUUCGCCGCGGCUGCCUCAAUCGAGAAAGCAAGAAUGGUGAGUGCAUUUGCGAUUGUAAAAAAAAUUCUGAAAAUCAGUUGCUUAUUAAUUGUAGGAGCGACCAAUUAAAGAAAACCAAAUGUGUAGACUCUUGAAUGCCGUGAGAGUGAAAGGUCUUUAUGCUACACGCACGCACCUUUCGAAGCUAAGGUUUCACUGAUUAAAAAUACAAACAUACACGCUUGUGGAGGUAAAUUGGAUGGAUUAUACACGUUCACACGCGAUUGAAUCGGUUUUUAAGUUUUCCUGUGUUGAAUUUGGCGAACGAUUAAAGAUUUCUCGGCUUUUACUUUAAAACACGAUACAGAAAAAAAUAACAUUCGCACAUGAAGAAUUAUAAAUAUAGUAAAGUAGCCUCUAAAACAUCUUUUGCCGAGAAGUAGAAGUAUAAAAAUUUGCAGGAUGUUACAGUGGAACAGUUGCAGGCAGAAGCCAGAUGUAUUGUCCAGUAUCAAGGGUUUGAGGAAACUGGUGGAGGCUGACCACGUCUGAAUUUGCUUUGUUACAAAACAUCAAUACAUAGAGCUUCCCUGGUUUUCGUUUUCUUUGUUUUACAUCCUGUUGUUUUCCGUCCAUAUUGUAAAUGUCAACGCGGCUAAGAGUAGUACAGUUUUUUAUAUCUUUUCCGUGAACAUAUAUAUAUAUAUAUAUAUAUAUAUAUAUAUAUAUAUAUAUAUAUAUAUAUAUAUUAUAGUUUUUAAAGUUCAGGUCGUAAUUUGAGAAACAUUACCUACUUGUUAUUUCCAUAGCACGAGUUUGUCGCUGACUCCGUUCCUUUUUUUAUCAAAGCACUGCGUUUUGAACGGUAGGAGCUUGGCAUUCCCAUGACAUGUGCUUAAAUGGUUUCCUCUCUCAGGCUGUCAGCUUGUUUUACUGUUCACUCAGCUGACAGUGGUACAUUUUUCAAUUUUUUCACUCGAUAAUGGUUAAGAGGAAAAAAUUAUGGGAACAUAUAUUUUUUUACAGCUGUUUGGAAUGGCGUGCAAAUUACCUGUGGCUCUGAAUACAGACACGCUAUCUGUCGCGUUUCGAUUAUUCAACCUUUGUUGUUUUAUUUCUCACUUCGUAUUUCAUAGUCUCUAAUUGGUGGCCUAUAAGAGAAUGGAACAAAUCUUAUUUUUUUUCCGCUCGUAAAUUUCGGCAGCAACUGAGCAGCCGGGACGAAGUUGAUACUUUCAGGUCUUGACAUGACGCUUUUCACUGCCUUACACACGUGUGACGUAUCACAUCCCGACCUGGCCGUCGAUUAAGCGUCAAAAAAAAUUUAUAGAAAAUUUGAUUUUGCAAGUCAUAUCGUAAAUUUGUUCAUGAAGGAUUCUUUAAGGAAUGUAUUUGGACAAAAAAAGGAGAAAAAUUUGGCGUCAGUUACCCUUUAAUGAUUUAGUUCUUUAUCGUAUCUGGCAUUACAUGUACAUAACAGCUACAGUUAUCAGUUGUGUGAACAGAUUCAAUAAACGGUGAGAUAAACAAAACGAUAAAUAACUUAUACAAUAGAUCCAUGGCCAGUAGUUAAGAUACUUACGAGCACAUCAGCAGUAUUCUCUGCGAAUCCAAUUAUUGUUGUUCAAAGUGUUUUCUUUGUAAAAAAAUUCAAGCAGCUCCUUUAAUUUAUUAGAAGGCUGGUGUAGUUUCAAGAUUGAUAAGUUUGGGCUCAUAUUUGAUAAAACUUUUAAAUUUUUUUUUGAGAAUCAAGGGGAAUAAAUAUCACAUUUUUUAAAUUUUAUUUCUACAUUAGGUGGUCGUGCUCUUUCUUAAUGACUCGAUACGCAAGGUUAAGGCUAACACCGAGACACUAGCGACCUUACUAAAGGAGAUAGAGGAUAUGCAAGUUAACAUCGUUCCCAUCGGUAUCGGGGAGCACGCCAAAUUAUCAGAGUUAAUUAAGAUGGCAACUAAAGAUGGCACAGCACGUCACUUUGGAGAAUUCGAGUCACACGAGAGGUUGGGAACAGCUGUCAUAAAAGGUAACAUGGGGAGGUUUAGAAUUACGAUAUAAAAAAAACUCUCCCUAUAAUGAUUACUCUCCUAAUUGGUUUGGGAAAAAAAUAAGAAAGUACUGCUUGCCCUUGUUACAAUUCGAAUUGAGGAAGGUUUUUAACGUUGGUAUAUUUUUAAAAGCUUUAACUUUUCUCGCCACUGCUCGGAAGCGUAACUGGCUUUAUAAUUGAUAUGUUUUACUUUCUUACAGGUAUCGAGGGAAAGAACAUCUAUGGUGAGGACGGGCUAUUUUUGGUAGCUAGAUUUCCAGAUCGUUAAACUUUUUUUUUUCCAAAUAAUUUUCGUCAGACCGUCAAUGCUUUCAGAGUUUUCAUUUUGAUGGUCUCCAUUCUAAGCUCUCGUCUCAAUCAUUGUCCUACCGAGUAUAACUAUGAUUACUAUGAUGUUUUUCAGAGAAAUACAAGGAUUACUUUACGACUCCUUAUUUCAUCUUUUUGCGUGACACGCUGAGUUAUCUCAUCCUCCUCGUUCUUCACUUCGCCAUUUGCCUGUCCCCUUCAACUAUUGCCUUCAGUCGACUAGAAUGGGCCAUUUUAGCUUUCUUCCUGGGACGCGUUUUGAUGGAGGUGGAUCAGUUUAUUAGUCCUAAAAAGGCUGGCAUGAAAGCAUGUAAGCUGUGUAGAGAUGGCUCCAGCUACCAAGAAUGCUCACAAGAGGGUCAACAAGAGACAAAUGAGGCAGAAGAAGACAAUAUCUUGCGAAAGCUUUGUAAUUAUUUCAGGUAUUUCAGCGUUUUCUUUUCUGUUUCUAGUGACAAUACUAUAUUCUCAUUCAUGUUGGGGGCAUGUCAGCUAGGAAGGAUGGGGAAAAGAGUUUACAGCUUGAAGACGAUAACAAAACGAGCCACUGUUCUCAGCUUAGGUACACUAGUAAUUUUUUUAGAGCUGCAUCAUUAGUCAUGAGGUGACAUGGUUCACUGCCCGGGUUCAUUGACAGCAACCGAUUUUUAUUGUUUUAGUACACCAUUAAUUAGCUCGUACUCAUUGCAACAAUAAAUAGUGGUACUUGUAAGAACUGAUUAUUUUGCCUCAUAAUUAUGAAAGGUCUAGCAGUUCACGGAUUCCCUUAAAUAGAUAAUGGUCUUCUAGUACUGAUAUCUACUACUUUUAUAGUGACCGUUGGAAUGUGCCUGACUUCAUCAUUCUUGUUUUGUACCUGAUUGCCUUCAUACUACGCAUAAUAACAUGGAGGAACUCCACGGACGUGUCAGAAAACUCACUCUUGGCUGUGUCAGAGUAUUUCUAUGGAUUUAUCGCCAUGUUUCUAACACUGAGAGCCUUUGGUCAAGUCAUAGAGCGCAAGCGGGGAAUGGGUGCAAUACAAAUCGCUUUUUCCUUUGUUAUCUGGGAUGUAAUGGCGAUAUUUUGGCAGUUUUUGGCCAUGAUUCUAGCAUUUUCUCUGGCUAUGACCAAGAUAUAUGUUGCUGAGAAGACCUAUACCUCAGGAAAAAAUUCCACGGAGGAUUUGUGAGUACAUAUCGCGAUCUUUCUAAAUUAUCGAAACCGUGAGUGACAGAUUUUAACUUGUUGGGCCCAUUCAUUUGUUAGUCUUUUUAGUAGUGGGGUGGAAGAUCUUUCCUUUUACGUUAUGGAGGGGAACCUCAUGAAUGUCUAGGCACCCAAUCUAGGAAACAGUGGGCUAAAAGCUAAUCAAGUGAGAUUUAGUUUUUUGGAUGGGAAGCCCAACAGGAGAGUAAAACUGCUCAGAUCAGAAUGUCAAACGUUGCAUGAAGGCCGAUUUUUUACAGUCUUUAUGAAUACUCAAGCAGGAAAUUUCAAAAAGAGGCCUCAAUAAAUAAGUCACUUCGUCGCGCCACUAAUACACAAAAGGUUUGAAAUCAAAUUAUGAUAGCCUGAUGUCCAUUAAUCAUCGCUGGGUCAGUCGUAAUCAUAAAUCGUGGAGUCAGUGACUUGCUAUACACUGACUUUUUGUGCUUCUGGAGGUAUAAGUUCAGGAAUGUUAGUUAAAAAUUUCUCUGGAACAACACAACCGUGUAAAAUAAAUUUGGAAGGGGGGGGGGUGGUGGUUAUGGGACAAUUUCUGUUGGUUAAACCGUAAACCAUAGCAACGGUUUCUUUAACCAUUCAUUUUCUCCUAUCAUUUUUAGGGCAUGCAGUGAUUCCGGGCUAAUUUGGUAAGAUUGAAAUUGUAGUUUUUUUCUACUCUAAUUUUAACUUUGUACUCUGAUGUCUAAAAUAUACCAGGUUACACGAAAUUUUUGCUAACCUUGAAUUUCGCGCUUUCAAUAUCCCGCGAUUAUGUAAAAAGUUUCAAGCGUGAAAUUCUAUACCUGAGGGGUCGGAAAGGUUUAUUUUAAAAGGUCUCCCGGGAGGAAUAAAAGCGGAAAAAAAAUCAUACUGAUGUGUUAAAAGAAGCACCGAUGUUCAACACCGAGCUUUACCAGCUUCAUCAUGAAAAUUUGCAGGGAAGACACUCUUUCCUUUCAUGGCAGCAGAUUUACUAGAACAAGAAGCAGAGCUGCGAGUGAAGAAACUCUCUUCGCCUCCCAUCCCUCUCGCGGCUUCGCGUCCGAUUAAUUAACGCUACCUCUCACUUAAACCUGCAAAAAAGGCCAGCCCAGCUAUUAGUUUACCUUCUGGAAAAAUCCAGACUUCAUCGUUGCUAUUUCUUUUUACUAGUGGUAUCCCUCAGGUUGAAGGUUAUCUUGUAAUAUUUCUUCAGCGUUGCUAUUUCUUUUUACCAGUGGUAUCCCUCAGGUUGAAGGUUAUCUUGUAAUAUUUCUUCAUCGUUGCUAUUUCUUUUUACCAGUGGUAUCCCUCAGGUUGAAGGUUAUCGUGUGAUAUUUUGGAUACCAACACGUAAAUGUGUUGAUAUUUGACUUAAUGGAGCUGACCAGGAAUCUGGAAAGCAAAUUUUGAAAUCGAUCAUCCAUGUAAGAGCAGUGACACGAUGGCCUCCAGGACACAGACGUUUAAAAAUAUUUAUGGCGGUCAAAGGGAUCUCAAUUUCAAAAAUUCAAUGGUAUUUCGAUCUAACUCGUUGCUUAUGUUCUUCAGUUGGUGGAACAUGGCGACACACCUUGGUUGGUCUUUACUGGGUUUAGCUGACCUGGAUAGGUUGAACUCCGUCGACAAUUCAUCCGUUUCUCUUAUUCAUGUGCUGUACAGCUUCUUCUUAAUCAUGGCAGUUAUUCUUCUAUUGAACAUGACGAUUGCGUUGCUCUCCAACACCUAUAAGCAGGUUCAGGUACUAAACAGUCUCUUUACCUUUGCUGAUGCAUAUUAAUUCUGUUCAUAAUCCAGAGUUAAGAAAAUAUGAGAAGUUCUCGACUGUAAACUCAGAGGACUUUUUUGGCGUAAGAUAUAAAAUAUAUUUUUCGCAAAGUUCAAAAUAUUCUAUGAUCAUUUAUAAUUGUACUUUUGGCCGACUGACGCUUUAGACGAAAAUGAUGGUAAAUAUUGUCCCUUGGGUAUGAUAUGUCAAAAAUAUUCUUCCGCUAUAGGAGUGUCGCCUGUUGUCUUUAUUAACUGGUACUUCCUUAGAAGCUGUUAAGUCCUUCUCAUUCCUCUAUUAUCAGGACAAUUCACUGAAGGAGUGGUCUUUCAAGAAAGCCAUUACUGUAAGAACUUACAGCACCUAUCAUCCGAUACCAGUGCCCUUCAACCUUUUGUCUCUCCCCCUGAUAGUGCUCUGGAACCUACGUCGGCGCGACACUCUCCCGACUGCUUUGGCCGAGGGCGGACGGGUAAGCUGGUAACGCCUUGCCAAUCAGUUUUGUGAGUUUUAACAAGCUGCUGUUGUUUAAAGUUAUCAUUUACGUCUGCUCAGUGAUUUUACUUCACUUUUGACGUGGCCUUCUUGAUUCGACAGAGAAUAGCUCGGAAUAAAGUGAUGAAGAAACUAGAAAGGAUGUACUUCGAGAAAUAUGGUUAUGAAUUUCCCCUCACAGGUGGGUGAUGUGCUAGAUUGGUAGAUAGCCCCAGAAAUCUAUGAUUUGGUCUUAAAAAAGAAUAUGGCUCAAAGAGAUGUUUUUCUACUUAACCUUGCUUCGCUAUGAUCAAAGCAAUAGUUCUGAAGAAGUUUAUACCAUGACAGACAAGAAAUAAAAAAUCACAAAUGAAGAAUUCCAGUAAUGACAAUCUAUUUAUAACGAGGCGUAUCUUAAUGAUUUUGCUGACUAGAUUCAGAAGAGGCCAAUUUAAUAUUUGGUUCCUCGCUUUGUUUUAGAGAGGAAAAAGAUAGAUUACUUGGUGCAUGAAAAUGAGGAUUUUAACCUUUUCCCUCGAACACAAAUUUAAAUUCAAAACGAGGCGUAUUAUAAAUAUUUUGUUCACAUGAUUCAGAGAAGGCCAAUGUAAUACUUCGUUCUUCGCUUUGUUUUAGAGGGGAAAAAGAUGGAUCAUCUGAUGCAUGAAAAUGAAGGAGGUCGAAAAUUGGCCAAUCAGAUAGUUCGGGAAGUAUUCCGACCGCGUGGAAACAAGAAGGAGAAACUUGCGUUUGGCCAAAGAGUGAGUAUUUUUCAGGCCCACAUUCACGUGUGAAUUAAACAGGAAGUUUCCCUACCAUAUACUAUGGAUCCUGCUCCAUCAGGAUACACCUUUUUAGCCAUUUUAAUUUGCAUUUUAACCUUUUCCCUCGAGCACAAAUUUAAAUGUACGAUUGAGAAAACCUUUCAAGAAACAUUGUGCUGUAGUUUCCAUGUUCCUUUGAAAAAAAACCGAACUUGUUUUGUAGUGACAUAGAAGAGCUGAUCUCAAAUGCUGCUCCGGGAAGUACAAAAAAGUCAACAAAAUUUGCUCUCAACGCGCGAUACGAAAAUUAAUGGGAGGGUUAUAGCUUGAAUAAAACCCCUUCUAGCUUGCUGGUAUGUCGGCUGACAAUAUCCACGGUUGAGAGAUUGUCUUUAAGUUUUCAAAUUUCUCCUUAAAGCUUUGGUUCUUGGCCAAAUAUUCAUUUUUGGACAGUCUCAGCCGCAGACAGUUUCAUGUGACAUACCAGCCGCCUGAAGGGGUCCCUCAUGUUACUGAAGUUUUGUUCGAUUGUCAUUUAAAGGCGUGGUAUGAUUUGCCGGGAAUUGCUGUCGAUGGCUGUCUCCUAACUUACAUGGGACCUGAUUUCUGCAACAUAUGCAAAAGUGGAAAUCGUAAGAACAUUCACAGUGCCAAGUUCAAGUCUCCCUUUACACCAGAGACACCACGAUUUGAGGUGUGCUUUUUAUUUAUAGAGAAUUAUUUGCGAACAACAAAUUUAAUUCAUAUACUUCCUGCUUCAUGAUAGACUCUCUGAAGAUGCAACAUAAUUACAUCGCCUUUUUACCCUCUUCCCUUAAAUAACCUCCCUCCUGUAGGCGCUGGUAUUCUUUUCUAUUUUGUAGCUCUACAGAUACUCAUUUUUUUAAGAAUGAGCCUAACGGUGCCUCCAUGAUAGAAAGACAAGAUCGGUUCCUAAAAACAUCUCUAUGUUCCUCUUGUGGUAUCCUACUCUCACCUUCUUUCAUGGUAACGUGCCAAAAUGGAUCUCGUUUGGGCACUUAACCCUGUAACACCUAAGAGUGACUAUGAUGUAAUUUCUCCUCACAUUAUCAUCCCUGAGUCGAACAUUAGGGUCACAUGGAUAAAGUAAGUGAUCAUCAACCGAAAAAGCUCUUCAUUGUUUAAAUAAUUCUUCCUUGAUGAAAUUAAGUGAUCCUCGCAGCUAAGAACACUACUGGAACGAGUAGUUGUAAAUAGGACCUGAAAAAAAAAUUCAGGCCGGUACGGGAUUUGAACCCAUGACCACUGCGAUACCGGAGCAGCACUCUACCAAUUGAGCUAACAAGCCAACUGGGAGCUGGCUUGAACUCGUUUCAGUAGUGUUCUUAGCUGCGAGGAUCUCUUAAUUUCAUCUCUCCACCGCAGUGCAAAUACAUGAAUUCUUCCUUAUCAGCACAAUUGUAUAGAGAACAGCAUGGAGAAUAUUCAUAAUGAUGUUAAGGUAUAAAAGGUUAAAUUCAUCUCCUUGCUCCACUUCGUUGAGGUGCAUUUCAGGGUCAAGUUAUAAGGCCUUAGAUGGCCACCUUUGAAUAGCGUGAUGGUGCCUUCGUUCAGCCGAAAUUCCCCUUUGGAUUAAUCGUUUAUAUUUAUAUUAUUAUUGUCGUUAUUAUUAUUAUUUAGAUUAGUGUGUUGCUUUGUAAUCAUCAUCAUUAUUGCAGUUGUUAUUAUAGCUACUUUUGUUGUUUAUAUGAUCAUUAUUUCGGAUGUUGAUUGUUUAUAUCAUCACUAACAUCGUCUUUGGUCUAAGAAACUAGUAUUCCCUCGGUCUCACGAGCAAAAAAACUCAUCUGCAUACUAAAACAAAAAUUAAAAGCAUGGAACUUAUGGCAACCGUAACUGCAAAGUCUAAAAAAGAAAAGGCCGUCAUUGUUUUGCAGGUACUUAUUGAGGAGACUGGGGCGAGGCGUAUUGUGGCACUGGGUGCUGUGCAUGAGUCGUACGACUGUCACAAAAUGCCUGGCUGGUAUAGUGGAACAGUCGGUUACCACAUAGAGGAUGGUAAAAUAUUUGAAACUGGCUUCCAUGAGCUGGGAAGAGAAGUCGAAGGUAUGGGUUACUUUGACGAUAGGUGUGCGAUAUCUGCCACAAGGAUCUGUUGGCGCUUGGAAACAUAAUCAAAGUCUUGCCGUCCUUCUGAGGGCGACCUUACGACAGUAGGUUUCUGUUUUCCAAAAGAAAAAGAUUCAGAAAUUUUCGUUUGUAAACGUUGUAGGGAUCACUUUAAAAUCGUUAUAGACUCCUCGAGAUGAUUAUUCUGACGUGCAUGAGAUAAAUGGGAAAUGUAUUGUAGCUGUGUGACCAAGAUAGAAUGUUGAACGUAGUUGCUGUAAAAUCCACGUGCCUAGAAUGUGAAACUGAAAAAACCCUGAAUCCGUGGAGGGUUCCAACCCUCGCCCUCUGCUUGCCGAUCAAAUGGUCUACAGAGAACUCAUUUAAGGCCAAAGAAAAACGAGAUUCAUAUCAACAAAUGCUUGACGCUGCUAGGAUCAUUUAUAUCGUCAACACUCCUUGUAUAAAUACAGUGAGGGAGAUUAAACUUUGUCUUCGAAUGAACGAAGAGGUAGGUCAUUGAUCAAGACCGAACAGCAAGGAAAAAAGUCCAAUUUCACAUCCUGGUGUUACACGGUUGGUUGCCUCAUGUUUAGUUUAUUUUGUUAUGUUUUUGCUAUGUACCUUAUAUUUUCUGUUGAUAACUUAGGAGCUAUGGCUUACCGCGGUGAUCUCAUUGCAUGUGAAGUUGAUUUUAGUGGAGUCCCCGAGGGAAAAGUCUCUGUGUUGUUCUCCUUGAACGGUAGAGAAGUAGCGCGUUCUUCAGUGAAGUAUACAGAGGGAAAUAAAGUAUUUCCCUUCGUUUCAUUGGGAUUUGAAGGCAUUACAGUGCUCACCAAGGUAUGUUCGAAAGAGGGAGGGGGAAGCGGGGAGGGGGAGGGGGAGGGUAAUGGGCUAGAAAUUGAAUCUAUAAAUGGUUUGGUUUCAUCAGUAAUCUGCUAACAUAUCACGCCUCGGCACACUCCUCCUGUUACAGUCGAGGGAUUGGUCAUGAGACCAAAUUAGAAACAUGUGGCGAGGAAGAACUUUGUCGUAUCCAGUGUUGAAAAGACCACUAAAAUUUUGUUCAAGUUUGAGUAAUUUAAAUGUUUGCGAACAUUUACAAACUAUCCAACCUUUUUACCAAAAGGCUGUGCCCUGAUUGCUCUUAAGGUAAGAACAAGCAAAAAGCGCGUCGAUCUCUGCAGCAUAUCUGUAUUCCACAAUUGUGAAAAUUAGAGCCUACAGUUGACAACUUUUGAUCAUCGCUGUCCAUAAAAUUUCGUCUUUUUCAUUUUUAAAUUGGAGACUUUUGACGUUUGACUUUUGCACGUUUUAGAUGUGCCAUCCCGACAGAGACCACUUUAGUACAGUAACAAAUGAAGACUUUCGGAAGGAAAUUGGAGAUCUGCGACGUGAUUUUCAGGAUCAACUUGACAAGCAAAGGAGGAUGUUAAUGUCAGAAAUGAGAGAUUUAUUACUGCGUUUGAAGGAAGUAAAGGAUAAAGAAGAACAAGAAGAAGAUACUAAGAGGCUGGACGGAGGAAAACAAAGAUUUUCAUCUCCUCAGUAGUUGUUCGAGAACAUUUAUUCAGCUAAGGUGCAAUCUAAAUUUGUGUGAAUCCCUGUACCUUUCUUAAAAUCCCUCUAGUCUCGAAUGAAGAUAGCAGCAGAAGAUAUUUUUAUCUAAUACUAGAUUAAUAUUUUUAUCGAAUGUAAGCGCGAGGCGGGCACAAAGGGCGAGUCACACGCGAGGAGAGAAAUUUACAUCUGUGCAACUGAUGCAUCUGUGAUCCCGGUGAACAAAAUGAUCCUCAAGUUUGCACUGCAACGAACCCGGGACAUUUCGAAUUGAUCGGCGCAUAAGAUCAUAUAGGGGGUAUUUACGUAGACUAUAGUUGGCGAGGUCCUUUAUACCAGUCGAGAAAAAAUCAGCCGCAGAACUCUGGGAGUGAGGUGCAGCGCGCUGACAUCUUAAUUAUUUUUUUUUUCAUUGUUUUCUUUUCUAUUCCCGUAACGGACUUCGGUGUAUCUGUCACAGUCUGAUACGUGUCAAUUAGAAAACAAAAGGAAAAAGGAAGAGCGCAUGUACACUUUUGAAUAAAUUGUAUUGAUGCUGUAAGGAGAAAUUAUCUCUUGGUCAUCCAUGGGAAUUAAAGGUUCCACAUUGGUUUUCUCUCUUACCUGAUAUUUCUUGGAAUAAAUUGGCUUAAAUAGGUUUUUUUCGUGGAGAAGCGUUGGUCUUCAUAAUUUGCAAUAGUAAACCUUGUAGAAUGUGUUAAACUCGUCAAUCUUUGUCUUUUUGUCUAGGUUUAGCCUGAAGCUAAAGUCUGACGUAAGUUGCCUAAAAAAUUGUAUUGCAUAGUAACUCUUUGAUGGCGGUACAAACUCCCUUGAAAAUAAAAGUCUUGACUGACUAGGAUAUUUUUGAAGAAAGGGUUGUUUGAAGAGUAUGAUUGACAACUCAUUUUCGCAGGUGAAACUAAAGAUGCUGGUAAAUUAGGAAUGAGUUGUUAAAACAACAGGGAAAUGCAAACCCAUGCAAUUUUAUUGAAAAGACUUUCAAUAAUGUCAUGUGUACGUCAUAUCAAGCAACAAUAAUCACUAGUGAGUUUCAAAUUUCCAAAAAACAUAAAUAAUUUUGUAAGCAAUUAUAAAUAUCUAAUUCGAAGAGGUACUCUUUCGCUAAGUCUGACUCAGCAACAUUUAGUUAGCUUUUAUGAAUAUUUUAAUAUGGAAAGUAGCCAGAAAGUAAAAAUAAUUUGGACUGGCCGUUGUUGUUCAUAUUUUUUCUUGGCAAAUGGUGAAAAGAAUUAGGAGCAAAUUGCGACAAUAACUAUCUUCGUUUUGUAGCAGCAUAUAUAAAAUAGCUUAAUUGCUCCUACUUUUGUUCCACAGUCAUAUCCAGCAUGUCUAGAUUUAUACUUUUGCGUAUCAGACACUUGUUCCCUUUGUAGCCGUUUUUGCGACGUCAUGCAACUGAUGCACGUUGCGUGACAUCCCAGAAAAGGCUGCGAGAUAUACCGGUAUUCGGCAGUUUCAUUGAAUCAUUCACGAAAGUAUUAUGUGGAUACCUAGUUCAACUUUAUUUUCGAACUUAAAAGAUAUCCGGCUUUGUAAAAGAUGAGGAGGUUCCUUAGUAUUUGCAAAGAGUAAUUUUGUGAGAGGAUGAAUUGUUUACGCAUUCAGAUUGGUUCUCGCCUAUGAUCUAUUGGAGGACAGACGUGUAGAAGAUCUAUGAGCAGAUUAUUAGCAAGAUCAUCUGGGAGCCCUUCCGUUUACCCUGAAAGAUGAUAACCAGUUCCUAGUCCCCCACAUUGCAAGUUUACCCCCUCCCCGACGAGUUCGCGACGACUAGCACGAGUUUGCUCCCAAAUGCUUUUUAAAAAUCCCUCACUCUUGGCAAAAAAUAUUCUCCGUGAUCAGGCAUGUUGUGUAAGACUCGGAGGAAAGACCCCACGUUAUCCGAAAACAUUGGAGAUUUCGCUACCUUCAAUGGAUCACAAUCUUCCGCUUAUGCUAAGGAAAUGUUGAAAACAGAAAGAUACCGAUUCCUCUUCUAUGCGAAGAAACCUCCCAAAAUUCAACAAUUUACCCACGUGCAGCGUCACUGAGAAAAAAUAAGGCCAAUAUUCCAAAAAUAUCUUAUUUGCUCUUAUUUAAUUUUGCCCUGUUCUCACCGCGCCUUCUUUCACAAGUUUCAGACCAACUCAAAUCAAAUAUUUAUAUCAUGAAAAUCUUGCUGGUGCGGCGAAGAAAUAUCCAUUUUGUUAACUGUGUUAUGACAGCUGUACUGACUACUUGUGCGCACUACCGAAAAAAAACGUGAACAACUUCGCUAUUUUCUAAGACUACGGCUUCCUGGGGAAUAAAUAUUUUUUCAACCUAGAAAAUAACAAAAAAGGAAAAGAUCUACAUUAAAAGUAUAUUCGUUGAUGAAAAUAGUCGGAGAACAAAACCAACGGAGAUACUGACGGAAUUCGAAAACUUCUAUUCUAAACUUUACAAGGAAAAUUCACUUACUUUGGGUGAUUCUAUGAAUAACUUUCUUAAUGGAGCGAACAAUGGCAAACAGUAUUUAUCUAAAAAGUUCAAUCGAAUUUAAUCGUUCAGGCAAAACAAAACAUCAGGAAAUGAUGGCCCAAGUUCCGAAUUUUACUUACCGUUUGGAAGUCUUUUGGAAAAUCAUUUCAUAGACUCUUUACACUUCUCCCAUGUUCAUGAUCAACUCUAUUCUUCUCAGAGACGAGUAUUGGUGAUUGUUUUGAGAAAAAAGAUUAGAAUAGUCGUUUGAUCCAAAAUUGGCGCCCUAUCUCACUAACAAAUGUCGAUUUGAGAAUAGUUUCAGAAGCCUUACUAAGGGGCUCGAACUUUUUCUCACCGAAAUUAUUCAUUACAACCAAAAUUAAUUUGUGAAAUGAAUGUCUGUGUUUGAUGCAUUGUGGACCAUCGGGGAUAGUUUGGGAAUGAAAAAUAGCUCUGGGAUCCUGGUUGUUAUCAAAUUUGAAAAAGCAAAUGAUUCUGUUGCCCAUGAUUUUCUAUUUAAAGUUUCGGAAAAAUUUAACUUUGGAUCGUAUUUCAAGCAGUGGAUAAGAACCUUUUAUACAGAUAUGUCAAGUUAUGUUAUGAAUAACGGUUUCAGUUACAAACUCUCCUUUGUACAGAGCAUAGGGUUCUUCAAGAUGAUCCUCUCUUACAUUUCUUUUUUAUUAUGGACCUGAAAAUUUUUGCGUGUUAAAUUAGACAGGAUAACAAUAUGGAAGGAAUAAAAAUUUACCUGCAUUCGCUGAUGAUAUGACCAGUUUUUCAAAGAUAUGCGUGCACUUAUGUGCGGCUGUUUACGCGUCUAGAGUUAUUUUUGAGAUUUUCAGGUAAUCAAUGUAAAAAAAAAAAGCAGCGGUGAAAGAAUGUUUAUCUCUAGCACGUGAAUAAUUCACUUGCGAAGUGAGGCUUGCUACAAAUUGACCGAUCACCGUCAAGAUUUUUGUGCACUUCAACCUUGAGCUGCUACGUGUGUGCGUUAAUUUUUGUAAUCACUCAUUGUAGACAGGUUGAGGAAGGAAAACUAGAAGCCAAUCGAUUCUUAGUUACAGCUGCUAUUUUGUAGAACUCCAUUCCAGCACAUAAUCCGUAAGGACUUUCAGCCGUCUUGCGCAGGAAGAUAAUGGCCGACCUUGGGAAGAAGUAAGUAAUGAUUGUCAACACUGUUUUCAUUAAAUUAUUACAUCACAACGUGUUCUAAUUUGUUGCUAGCGUGAUAUCUUGAACUCAGGAGAGACUGUUAGUUGUGUGGAACAUCACAGAUUAAACGGGUUUCCCAUUCGGAGUUCAUUCGACUUAGCUCUGUUCUGCUAUCGAACAGUGGACUCCAGGUGUUGAAUUGCGGAAACAUUUAUGCAAAUAUAUUUUGACUAAGAUUGACUUUGAAAUAAGUUACCACAUUAGAAAGAAAACUUUGUUGAGGUCUUAUAUUCUUUCAAAAUUAAUUCACAUAAAGAAAUCCUGGUCUUCGCUCUGAAAGCGUUUUUUCUUUCGGUCCUGAUUUGGCGAAGGUAGUUUUAAAGCAUGUUUGAGCAGGAUUUCCCGUUACUCAUUAUGCACACUUUUCUUUGUUAAAAAACAAGAAACGAUAGCGACGUAGUUGAUUUCCUUUCGGAAUGCGGCUCUGUUUGCAGUUUUUGAUUUGUUCCAUUUAUCCACAGGCAGCCCAAGCUUCAGCUGUAAGAUAAUCAUCUUGCGAAAGAAGAGUCAUGGCGAAAUUAUAAGAGUUUGUAUGGCAAUUAUUACAACCGCUCUUAAGAAUAGAAAAAUAAGUCAAAUUCUCAAUAAAAGUACCUCACCUAACGACAUAAGCCGAAGCCCUAGAAAAGGAAAACUCGCUAAAUGGGUUAUUUUCAACAUAGCAAGUGGUCAGAUAACAAGUGUUGCACUGUGGAAGUAAGUAUUGAGAAUUUGACUUCGCAAGAUAAUCAUCUUGGGCCGCCUGUGCUUUAUCACGUCUUCUUGAAUGGCUCACAUAUUAAAUCCUGUGACGACGCCAUUUUAACAAAGCGAUGAUGGCUCAAAACUUAUGGCUGUUUUUUUUCUUUAAAGAGGAUCAUUGCAUUUUAGUUCCGACAGAAACUGUGGCUUAACUGCAGAAUACACCGCCACACGAAGUAAAUUCUACGUAACAGGCCACGCGGUACCCUGAAAAUAAUUAAUUCAAAUAAGAAUUAAAUUUAUUCAGUGGACAAAUGAAUUCAAAAUGACGCAGCAAUGUUAUGUUGGCUACGCGGUACGCCGUGAGAACAAAGACAGAGUGUUGUGCAUUCCUUGUUCUUCCGGUACGCGGUACGCUGUGAUAAAUAAUCUAAGUCAGAGGAAUGUACAUUCCUCGUUCUUUGAGCUUGAAAGCCCUGGAUCAAAGCCUAAAACUAAUUCCACCUUCAAGACGCUGAUAUUUAUUUCUACGCCGUGAUGAAUAAAUAAUUCAAGACAGAUUGUAGUGUAUUCCUCGUUCUUUAAGCGUCAAUGGGUAAGUAAUUCCACAGCCUAAACACUCAGAUUUUACAUUACAUUCUAUGAACGCGAUAUUUCUGGUAUUAAAAACGUGAAAACCUCAACUUCAUUUCUCGUUCUAAAAACGUAGUAUCCAAAUAUUUGGCCAUUUUUUUAUGCCUCGUUCUAUAUAAAAACGCGUAAAUUGUAAACGCAAAAGUUAUCAGUAGCGUGUGUCGCGUGAAAUUUUAGGCAACGAGCCAUUAAGUCAGCACUUCAGUCUUCACAAGCAAGACGCGUACCGAGAAUUGUCUGUUUCUCGUUCUGUAAUUCACUGCAGGAGUGGUCUUUCAAGAGAGCCAUUACUAUUAGGACUUACAGUACCUAUCAUCCGAUACCAGUGCCCUUCAACCUUUUGUCCGUCCCCCUGAUAGUACUCUGUGUUGAAAACUGGACCGAGAGUGUCACGUGGAUUUUUGUAUGUUUCUUACCCCCCACGAAUUGAACUUUGAACUCUUGAUGAAAACUCAAAAAAGGAAAAUGAAAAGGAAUGCGUGAAAGCUGUCUUGUAUAUUGUUAUUCUGGAAUACAGUCUUUAUUCGAAGUUGUCCUGUUGUGUACGUUUUAUACACUCUGGAACCUCCUUCAGAAAACAUGGUGCGACACUCCUGCUUCGCUCGAUGGACGGGUAAGCUGGUAACGCCUUGCCAAUUAGUUUUGUGAGUUUUGACAAGCUGCUGUUGUUUAAAGUAUCAUUUAGGUCUGCUCGGUAAUUUUACGUCACUUUCGACGUGGCCCUCUUUGAUUCGACAGAGAGAAGCUCUGAAUAAAGUGGUGAAGAAACUAGAAAGGAUGUACUUCGAGAAAUACGGUUACAAAUUUCCCCUCACAGGUGGGUGAUACGCUAGAUUGCUAGAUAGCCCCAGAAAUCUAUGAUAUGGUCCUAAAAAAGAAUUUUGCGCAAAGAGAUGUUGUUCUACUAACCCUUGCUUUGUUAUUAUCAAAUGAACAUUUCUAAAGAACUUUAAACCAUUACAGGUAAGAAUAAAACAAGAAAUAAAAAAUCACAAAUAAUUCCAUCGAUAAUGGUUUAUUCAUAACGAGGCGUAUUGUAAAUAUUUUGUUAACACGAUUCAGAGAAGGCCAAUUUAAUACUUCGUUCCUCGCUUUGUUUUAGAGGGGAAAAAGAUGGAUCACCUGGCGCUAGAAAAUCAGGGAGGUCGAAAAUUGGCCAAUCAGAUAGUUCGGCAAGUAUUCCGACUGCGUGGAAACAAGGAGGAAAAACUUGCGUUUGGCCAAAGAGUGAGUAUUUUUCAGGCCCACAUUCACGUGUUAAUUAAACAGGAAGUUUUCCUACCAUAUACUAUGGAUCCUGCUCCAUCAGUAUAAACCUUUUUAAUCUUUCUAAUUUGCAUUUUAACCUUUUCCCUCGAACAAAAAUUUAAAUGUACGAUUGAGAAAAUCACUCAAGAAAUGUUGUGCUGGAGUUUCCUUCUACCCUUGAAGAAAAACGAACAGUUUUGUAGUGACUUAAAAAAGCUGAUCUCAAAUCCUGCUCCGUCAAAAGUCAGGAAAAUAUGCUGCGAUACGGAAAUGAAUGGCAGGGUUGUAAAUUGAAUAAAACCUCUUCUGGCUUGCUGGUAUGUCGGCUGAUAAUGUCCCUGUUUGAGAGAUUAUCUUUCAGUUUUUAAAUUUCUCCUUGAAGCUUCGGUUCUUGGCCAAAUAUUCAUUUUUGGACAAUGUCUCAGCCGCAGACAUUUUCAGGUGACAUAGCAGCCGCCAAAAGGGGGUCCCUCAUGAUGCUGAGGUUCUACUCGAUUGUCAUUUAAAAGCGUGGUAUGAUUCGCCGGAAAUUGCUGCCGAUGACUGUCUCCUAACUUACAUGGGACCUGAUUUCUGCGACACAUGCAAAAACGGAGAGCCUAAGAAAAUUCACGGUGCCAAGUUCAAGUCUCCCUUUACACCAGAGACACCACGAUUUGAGGUGUGGAUCUAUAGACCUAUAGAGAAUUAUUUGCGAACAAAAAAUUUAAUUCAUAUACUUCUUGCUUCAUGAUAGACUCUUUGAAGAUGCAACAUCACUAUAUCGCCUUUUUACCCUCUUCCCUUUCAUAACCUUUCUCUUGUAGGCGCUCGUAUUCUUUUCUAUUUUGGAGCACUACAGACACUCAUCUUUUUACAAAUGAACCUAAUGGCGCCUCCAUGAUAAAAAGACCAGACCGGUUCCAGAAAUAAACUCUUUAUGUUCCUCUUGUGGUAUCCUAUUUUCACCUUCGCUUUCAUGGUAACGUGUCAAAAUGGAUCUCGUUUGGGCACUUAACCCUGUAACACCUAAGAGUGACUAUGAUGUAAUUUCUCCACACAUUAUCAUCCCUGAGUCAAACAUUGGGGUCACAAGGAUAACGUCAAUGAUCACCAACCGAAAAAGCUCUUCAUUGUUUAAAUAAUUCUUCCUUAUCAGCACAAUUGUAUAGAGAACAGCAUGGAGAAUAUUUAUAAUGAUGUUAGGGUAUGAAAGGUUAAAUUUAUCUCCUUGCUUCACAUCGUUGAGGUGCAUGUCAGGGUCAAGUUAUACAAACUUUGAUGGCCACCUUUGAAUAGCGCGAUAGUGCUAUCAUUCAGCCGAAAUUCCUUUUUGGAUUAACCGUUUAUAUUUAUAUUACUAUUGUUAUUAUUAUUAUUUAAAUUAGUGCUAUUGCUUUGUAAUCAUCAUCACUAUUGCAGUUGCUAUUAUAGCUGCUUUUGUUGUUUCGGAUGUUGAUUGUUUAUAUUGUGGCUAACACCGUCUUUAUCAUCAUUAUUAUUUUUUUUUUGGUCUAAAUAACUAGUAUUCCCUCGGUCUCAUGAGCAAAAAAACUCAUUUGCAUACUGAAACAAAAAUUAAAAGCAUGGAACUUACGGCAACCGUAACAACAGAGUCUAAAAAACGAAAGUCUAUCAUUGUUUUUCAGGUACUUAUUCAAGAGACUGGGGAGAGGCGUAUUGCGGCUCUGGGUGCUGUGCAUGAGUCGUACGACUGUCAUAAAAUGCCUGGCUGGUAUAGUGGAACAGUCGGUUACCACAUAGACGAGGGAAAAAUAUUU